AUGGAUCAACCUGGCCUUUCUGCAGAUGAAAUGGAAAAGCCAACCAUCGAUGCGGGUCCAGUCGUUUUGGAUUACAAUGAUACCUCGAAGUCCCCCAACACUGAGGUAGAGGAUGAAGAGCAGAGUGAGGGUAGUCCUCCAAACUAUUCUAGCAAAGCAAAGAACAAGACCUCCUUCAAGAACUACUUGAGAGUAUUUACUUAUUCCACGGUAGGAGACCGACUCCUUCUAGGCGGUGCUAUAUUGGGAAACAUAGGCUCUGGCUCAACUCUACCUUUGAUGAACGUCGUCUUCGGAAAUCUCCUAAAUAAUUUCGGCGAGUAUUUCAUCGCCAAUACAACAGUAACAAAGGCGGAGUUCACCAAGUCUCUUAACCGGCAAACACUUUACAUUGUGUACUUGUUCAUUGCACGAUGGGCACUGAGCUACUUCUCCAUGUUUGCAUUCCGAAUGACGGGAAUCAGAGUAUCUGCCAAACUCCGGCUCGAAUACCUCAAGGCGCUCUUUUCUCUCCCGAUAGCAGUCAUCGACACGCUCCCCAGUGGUCAAGCCUCGAAUACUAUUACCACGACCGCUAAUGUCUUGCAGGUUGGUAUCUCAGAAAAGCUCGGCAUUUUCAUUCAAUUCUCAUCCAUGUUGAUCACUGCUAUUAUCAUAGCAUUCAAGUUUAAUGCUAUUCUGACUGUAGUGACGGCCUCGAAUCUCCUUUUUAUUGCCCUGGUAUAUGGUUCGAUCAUCCCCGUCAUACUCAAAAUGACGAAGGAGGUUGAACAUGCCGACGAAAAGGCUGCCUCUAUUGCCGGUGAAGUUCUAGGAUCGAUCCGAAUGAUCGUAGCUUGUGGGGCAGAAGGGAGGGUGGCCAAGAAAUACUCCGGAUGGGUCGAAGAAUCUCGCCGAAGAGGGUUGAAGAUUAGCCCCCUACAAGGAGUACAAUAUGCGCCGCUCUUCUUCGCGGUAUAUGCCACAAUGGCUCUUUGCUUCUGGUUCGGAUUCAGGCAAUUUCUUAGAGGCGAUGUCAAUGGUGUAGGAACAAUUGUGAUUGUCCUAAUGUCUGUAAUGUUGAUCGCUUUUUCAGUCGCCCAAACUGCCGCUCCGAUAAUGGCAAUUGGAAAGGCGGCCAGCGCUGCUGCGGAUUUCUUUGCUGUUAUUGACGCACCCAAACCUUCUAUUAUCGGGUUAAAAGAGCCAGAGAUCUCAGCUCGUGACGAUAUUGAACUCGAAUCAGUCAACUUUGCCUAUCCCAGCCGACCGCAUAGCAAGGUCCUUAAUGAUCUUAGUGUUCGAUUCGAAUCAGGAAAACUGACCGCCAUAGUGGGAGCCUCCGGAUCAGGCAAGAGUACGAUCGUUGGUCUACUUGAACGGUGGUACGAGCUUAAUGAUGCGAAGAUAUUUGUUCUCCCGGAAAGUGCAAUGAAGGAUGACAAAGAAAAGGCUAAGGAGAAAGAAAAGGAGAAAGAGAAGAAGAAAAAGGGGGAGUCAGCACCAAAAAAUAUUGUGCCCCUCGAGCCACCAGUCACGCUUAGUGGCAAGAUCCUCAUUGGAGGUAAGAAUCUAGAUGACGUUGACCUGAAGUGGUGGAGAUCUCAGAUUGGCCUUGUACAACAAGAGCCAUUCAUUUUCAAUGAUACUAUCUAUAGGAAUGUGGAAUAUGGAUUGAUCGGCUCUCAGUGGGAAAACGACAGUGAUGACACUAAGAAGACGCUUGUCGAGCAGGCUUGCAAGGAGGCGUUUGCGGACGAGUUCAUCAUAAAACUUCCCUUGGCCUACGAAACCCGAGUUGGUGAUGCUGGAAUCAAGCUAUCUGGUGGCCAGAGACAGAGACUAGCAAUUGCCCGCAGCAUCGUAAAGCGACCUAAGAUUCUGAUCUUGGAUGAAGCGACGAGCUCAAUAGAUGUACGUGGUGAACGACUAGUUCAGGCAGCUCUUGACCGAGCCUCUGAGGGUCGAACAACCAUAACAAUUGCUCACCGCCUGUCGACGAUUAAGAAGGCGGACAAGAUUCUGGUGAUGAAAAAAGGCCAAGUCAUCGAGCAAGGUACCCACGAGAGUCUUUUAUCCAAUGAAGAUGGGUCUUAUUGGGCUUUGGUCAAUGCGCAAAAGCUGUCAAUGGGCGAAACGUUUGCUGACGAGACCGACUUGAUUGAGAGCACAAAGAUGGAGCACGAACUCGUCCGUGAGAUGAGUGCCGCCAGCGGAAUGAAAGAUGCCGAGGAAAAGGUGAUUUGGAAGAACAAGGGUUUCUUUGCAAGCUUCGGGCUUCUCAUGGCUGAACAGACGACUCAUUGGCCUUGGUAUCUUAUCUUAUCAAUUGGGUGUAUGGGUGCUGCAGCGGGCAACCCCAUCCAGGCGUACUUAUUUGCCCAUAUAAUCAACGUUAUUACGUACACGGGCGAAGCACUAUCAAAGGCCAGCAGUUAUUGGGCUCUCAGAUUCUUCAUUCUCGCAUUAGGCACUCUGGUUGCGUAUUUCACCCUCGGGUGGUCUUCCAAUACGAUUUCGGUUCAUAUUGCUUGCACGUAUCGCCAGCAAUAUUUUGAAAGCAUCCUUGACAAGCAAAUCCCAUUCUUUGAUGCGGAAGAGAACUCAAGUGGCACUCUCACUGCUCGUGUUGCAAAUGAUCCUACACAGCUACAGCAGCUUCUUGGGAUUAACAUGGCUAUGGUGUACAUUGCAAUUAUGAGUAUGGUUGGUUGUGUCAUAAUAGGAUUUUAUUUUGGCUGGAAGUUGACCCUUCUGGCUGUAUGUGUAGCAAUGCCUAUCAUAAUAACAGGUGCCUACUUUCGCCUCCGUUACGAACUCGAGUUUGAAAAGAUGAAUCAGGAAGUCUUUGCAGAAAGCUCCAAAUUCGGAGCCGAAGCUAUUAGCGCCUUCCGAACUGUCACGUCUUUGACAUUGGAAGACAUGAUAUCUCAACGAUACGAGACUUUACUACAAGAUCACGUUCGUAAGGCCUUCAAAAAGGCAAGAUAUACAACGCUGUUAUUUUCUUUCUGCGACAGUAUUUCUCUUCUCUGCAUGGCUUUGACCUUCUGGUACGGUGGUAAACUUCUGGCGAGCUACGAAUAUAAUGCCAUCCAGUUUUUCAUCGUCUAUAUCGCGAUCGUUAACGGCUCGGAUGGCGUAGGCUCCUUGUUGAGUUUUGGUCCAAACAUGGCACAAGCAUCCGCGGCAGCAAAUAGGAUCUUGAGCUUCAGGAUUCGCAACACGGAUAAUACCAAAGCAGCUCUCGAACUCCCAGAUGCCGAAGGUGGUGUAAAGAUCGAGCUUCGAGAUCUAUGGUUCAAGUACCCAACUCGCGACAUUCCUAUCUUCCAAGGUCUGAACUUGACGAUUCAAAAGGGUCAAUUUGCCGCUCUCGUGGGUCCAUCGGGCUGUGGCAAAACCAGCAUCGUCUCGCUACUAGAACGCUUCUAUCCUGUCCAGAAAGGAAAGAUAAUCUGCAACGAAACGAACAUCACAGAACUCAACAUGCGCGAGUACCGCAAGAACAUUUCUCUGGUGGCACAAGAACCUACACUCUUCCAAGGGACCAUCAAAGAGAACAUAUUGCUUGGUGUUGACGAGAACGCCCCUAUAGAAAGGCUGCACCAAGCUUGUCGCGACGCCGAGAUCCACGACUUCAUCUCGUCACUGCCAGAAGGAUAUAGCACUGACGUAGGGACUAGAGGUAUAGCCUUGAGCGGGGGGCAGAAACAACGUAUAGCCAUUGCACGUGCUCUGAUCCGUGAUCCGAAGAUCCUGUUACUAGAUGAAGCGACGAGUUCCCUGGACUCCGAGAGCGAGAAGCUGGUUCAAGCUGCAUUUGAGCGGGCAGGGAAGGGUAGGACUAUGGUGGUUGUUGCGCAUAGGCUAGCCACUGUACAGAACGCCGAUGUGAUUUUCGUGCUGGGCGAGGGCAAAGUGUUGGAGACGGGGAACCAUAAUGAUCUGUUGAAGAAAAGGGGUGUCUAUUAUCAGAUGUGUCAAUCUCAAGCGCUCGAUCGAUAG